CUGACAUUUGCAGCUCUGUCCACACAGCCCCUGUCUAAGGAAGGAAGCAAGCAAGCGGGACUCGCGCGCAGAUGGGCGGGCUCAGCCAUUCUCACUUGGUCUCCAGCAGUGGUGGCAUCCUGCAGCCUCUGCCUCAGUCUGCAAGAGAGCAGCAGGUGUGGAGCCUCUGGCUUGGGGACUGAAGGGAAGGCUGAGAACCCAGGAGGCCAUUUGACCCCGUCCUUUCUCAUGACUUGGUAAAACUCAAGGUCGCUGGGGACAUCAGCACCUGCUUCUCGUGACAGCUCAGGACCCAGGUGUGUCCUGCAGGUCGCUGGUGCCUCCACAGUUUCUGACUGCCCUAGUGAAGGCCUGUAGGCCUCAGGAACCUCAGGGCUCUCUGGGCUGACACCUGGACUGGUCCUGAGGAGUCACUGGGCCUCUGCAUUCAACCAUCAGGAAGGCAACGCAAUGGCAGAAAAGGGUGCGUCCCGGGGGGCCGGGCGACGGUUCUGGUCACUACCAAGGAAGCGUCGGGGAACACCAGGGCGCCACAAGCCAGAUGAAAUCAUGCACCAGGACAUCGUCCCACUCUGUGCCGCUGACAUCCAGGAGCAGCUGAAGAAGCGCUUUGCUUACCUGUCUGGUGGGCGGGGGCAGGACGGAAGCCCAGUCAUCACCUUCCCUGACUACCCAGCCUUCAGCGAGAUCCCGGACAAGGAGUUCCAGAAUGUCAUGACCUAUCUCACCAGCAUCCCCAGUUUGCAAGAUGCUGGCAUUGGAUUCAUCUUGGUCAUAGACCGAAGGCAGGACAAAUGGACCUCUGUGAAGGCCUCCGUCCUGCGGAUAGCCGCAUCUUUCCCAGCCAACCUGCAGCUUGUCCUUGUUCUUCGGCCCACGGGCUUUUUCCAGAGGACUCUCUCGGACAUCGCCUUCAAGUUCAACAGAGAUGAGUUUAAGAUGAAAGUGCCGGUCAUGAUGCUAAGCUCAGUACCAGAACUACAUGGCUACAUUGAUAAGUCGCAGCUGACCGAGGACCUCGGGGGGACCCUGGACUACUGCCACUCCAGGUGGCUGUGCCACCGCACAGCAAUUGAAAGCUUUGCCCUGAUGGUGAAGCAGACAGCCCAGAUGCUGCAGGCCUUCGGGACCGAGCUGGCCGAAACGGAGCUGCCGAAUGAUGUCCAGUCAACCAGUUUGGUGCUCAGCGCACACACGGAGAAGAAGGCUAAAGUGAAGGAGGAUCUGCAGCUGGCACUGAAGGAAGGGAACAGCAUCCUGGAGAGCCUCAGGGAGCCACUGGCUGAGAGCGCAGCCCACAGUGUGAACCAGGACCAGCUGGACAAUCAGGCCACUGUGCAGAGGCUCCUGGCCCAGCUGAACGAGACCGAGGCUGCCUUUGACGAGUUCUGGGCAAAGCAUCAGCAGAAGCUGGAGCAGUGCCUGCAGCUGCGGCAUUUCGAGCAAGGUUUCCGGGAGGUCAAAACCACCUUGGAUUCCAUGUCCCAGAAGAUAGCUGCUUUCACGGAUGUUGGCAACAGCCUGGCCCAUGUGCAGCAUCUCCUGAAGGACUUGACCGCCUUUGAGGAGAAGUCCAGCGUGGCUGUGGACAAGGCCCGAGCCCUGUCACUGGAAGGUCAGCAGCUGAUUGAGAACAGGCACUACGCUGUAGACUCCAUCCACCCCAAGUGUGAAGAGCUCCAGCACCUCUGUGACCACUUCGCCUCUGAGGUCACCAGGAGGCGGGGCCUUCUCAGCAAGUCCUUGGAGCUGCAUAGCCUCCUGGAGACGUCCAUGAAGUGGAGCGACGAGGGGAUCUUCCUGCUGGCCUCACAGCCAGUGGACAAAUGCCAGUCCCAGGAUGGCGCAGAGGCGGCCCUCCAGGAGAUCGAGAAGUUUCUGGAGACCGGUGCAGAAAAUAAGAUUCAGGAGCUCAAUGAGAUUUACAAGGAAUACGAGUGCAUCCUCAACCAGGACCUUCUGGAACACGUGCAAAAAGUCUUUCAGAAGCAAGAAAGCACGGAGGAGAUGUUCCACCGCAGGCAGGCCAGCCUGAAGAAACUGGCGGCCAAGCAGACACGGCCUGUGCAGCCCGUGGCCCCCCGACCAGAGGCGCUUACCAAGUCGCCCUCCCCCUCGCCAGGCUCCUGGCGAAGCUCUGAGAACUCCAGCUCUGAGGGCAACGCACUCCGCAGAGGGCCCUACAGGAGAGCCAAGAGCGAAAUGAGUGAGCCCCGGCAGGGCCGUACCAGCUCCACUGGGGAAGAGGAAGAGAGUCUGGCCAUCCUGCGCAGACACGUGAUGAAUGAGCUCCUGGACACGGAGCGGGCCUAUGUGGAGGAGCUGCUCUGUGUCUUAGAGGGCUACGCUGCAGAGAUGGAUAACCCCUUGAUGGCACACCUCAUCUCAACCGGCCUGCAAAACAAGAAGAACAUUCUGUUUGGAAACAUGGAGGAAAUCUAUCACUUCCACAACAGAAUAUUCCUGCGGGAACUGGAGAGCUGCAUAGACUGCCCAGAGCUGGUGGGGAGGUGCUUUCUGGAAAGGAUGGAGGAGUUCCAGAUCUAUGAGAAGUACUGUCAGAACAAGCCACGCUCUGAGAGCCUGUGGAGGCAGUGCUCUGACUGCCCCUUCUUCCAGGAGUGCCAGAAGAAGCUGGACCACAAACUGAGCCUGGACUCCUACCUGCUGAAGCCUGUGCAGAGGAUAACCAAGUACCAGCUGCUGCUCAAGGAAAUGCUGAAGUACAGCAAGCACUGUGAAGGGGCAGAGGACCUGCAGGAGGCGCUGAGCUCCAUCCUAGGCAUCCUCAAGGCCGUGAACGACUCCAUGCACCUCAUCGCCAUCACUGGCUAUGAUGGAAACCUUGGCGACCUGGGGAAGCUGCUGAUGCAAGGUUCCUUCAGCGUGUGGACAGACCACAAGAAGGGCCACACCAAAGUGAAGGAGUUAGCCAGGUUCAAGCCCAUGCAGCGACACCUGUUUCUGCACGAGAAGGCUGUCCUCUUCUGCAAGAAGAGGGAGGAGAAUGGGGAGGGGUACGAGAAGGCUCCUUCCUACAGCUACAAGCAGUCCUUGAAUAUGACGGCUGUCGGCAUCACAGAGAACGUGAAGGGUGACUCCAAGAAGUUUGAGAUCUGGUACAAUGCAAGGGAGGAGGUUUACAUCAUUCAGGCGCCAACCCCCGAGAUUAAAGCAGCAUGGGUGAAUGAGAUUCGGAAGGUGCUGACCAGCCAGCUGCAGGCCUGCCGGGAGGCCAGUCAGCACCGAGCCCUGGAGCAAUCCCACAGCCUUCCUUUGCCCACGCCGUCCAGCACCAGUCCCACAAAAGGGAACACAAGAAAUGUCAAGAAGCUCGAAGACCGGAAGACGGACCCGCUCAGCCUGGAAGGCUACGUGAGCUCAUCGUUACCAAAGCCCCCUGAGAAGGGCAAAGACGAUGCGGUCCCUAGCUCUACCUCUGAAAGCUCUGCGCUUUCCAGAAAGCGCUUCACGCUGCAGGGCUUGGCUAACCUCAAAGGUCAGAAAGCCUCUCCGACCAGUCCUGACAAAAAAGCUAAGCGACACGAAGUCAAGAGCGACCCGACUCCCUUUGGUUUGCGAGGCUGGAGCAAAACAUCCCACUCCCUGGAGGCCCCUGAGGAGGACGGAGGCUGGUCCAGCGCGGAGGAGCUCAUUAACUCAUCUGAUGCUGAGGAAGACGGGGGAGUGGGCCCUAAGAAGCUGGCUCCAGGUAAAUACACAGUGAUGAUGGAUGAUGAGAAAGGGGGCACUGACACCCUUGCCAUGAGGAGUGGAGAUAUGGUGGAGGUGGUGGAAGAAGGUGCUGAGGGCCUCUGGUAUGUUCGGGACCUGACCAGCAGCAAGGAGGGAUGGGUGCCAGCCAGCAGCCUGUCCACCCUCCUGGGCAAAUCCAGCUCAGCCCAGUGUCUGAGCAGCUCAGACUCCAGCCCAGGGUCAGCCGUGCUGAGCAACUCAUCCAGCUGCAGCGAGGGCUACCCUGCUCCCUUCUCCGAGCUCCAGGGAUAGUGGCCAGGCCUGGGUGGCAGGCACUCAAGGCCACCGUGCAGUAGACCAGCAUGCAAAUCUCUUAAGAUUUUGGGUUGUUUUUUUUUUUUUUUCUUUUUUUUUGCUUGGGUUUGCUUAGUUUGGGAGGGGAUGGUGCUCCGAGAUCUCUGGAAACAGGAGGCCCCUGUCAGCCAUGGGCUUCAGAGGACAUUGGGGCCUUGGAACCAGGACUCUGCUGCAUAUGCAGAAGCCAGAAGACAACAAUUCGCCACCAAAGCUUCUUCAGAGACUCCAGAGUAGACAGAGGCGGGGCUGUGGGUCAGGAGACCCCUGUGUAGAAAGCUGGGUGGUAGGCAACAGCCCCUGCUGUGCAGCCUCUCCAAGGUGUCUUGGCCUCUCUGGUGCUUUCGACGGGAACACAAUCCUGAGGAAGCCACUUCUAACAGGAGUGAACAGUUUGCUACCAACAGCCUAAGAGGGGGAUCAAGGGACUCUUGUCUUUUAUAAGUUUUUGAUUUUUUUUUUUAAAAAAAAAAAACAGGGAUUAACCCCAUGGCCAUUUUUUUGUGGUACUCUGGCCUCAAAACUUUAACCAAGAAUCACUGUGUUUACAUGAAAUGACAAUUUGAUACUGUAUUUGAUAUAAAACUAUUUUUUGUUACUGGGGUUUACAUCAAAGCACGUUGUUUAUACAACUAACUGAUUUCUGGGGCACUCUCACUGAGACCUGGCACUCCCUGGAAUACAGGUGCAGGAAGGUCAGCCAGGGGGUGUGUCCUCCUGGGCAGCCAGGGGGCAUUUCCUCCACCAAAAGCAGUUGGAAAUCACUGAGAGUCUUGCAUCUGCAUAGGUUUCGUUUUCACAAGAAAUGUAAAGUAUAAUUUAAAAUAUUAGCCUUCUUUUCUACAAUAUAAAGGAGACUCUCUGUUUUUUAAAAGAACAUCAUUAAAUUAGGAUAUUUUUAUUAUUUUUAAAUAAAAUGUAUAACUCCAUGCUGUCAGCCAUCCUCAGCAACUCAGGCACUGGCUGCCUCUCCAAGUCAGGGCAGGCCCUACUUCCCCUCCCUAGCCCUGCCCACACUGCCCUACAGCAGGAGGGGCUGCAGCUGAGCUUGGGGGGAGGGGCCUGCAGCCUCCAUUCAAGUCAAGGCAGAACUGCCACAAACUGUUGUUUUCCGCUUUUUUGUGUGUUUCAGAAACAAAUUCUGUUCUUUGGAAACUCUGUGCCUAGUAGGGCGAAUAUUUUUAUAUGUGUGUAUAUAUGUUCACGUGUGUACAUAGGAUCUUGGUGUAAAGGAUGUAUUUAUGGUCUCACGCUGCUGAACAUGUGUCACUUUACGGUCCCUCCCUGUCUCCUCACCCUGCUGCCAUGGGAGGCCACCGAGAGGCUCGUUCACCACUGUAUGUCCAGGAAAAACACCCUGCUCCCCUGCCCUGUGGCUUGCAAAGCCAUUACUGGCUACACCUUCAGAGAAUGGUAAUAAAAUAAAAAACGUGCAAAGA